CUCACAAUCCGGCAGCGUGAUGAGUGGCUCCCGCUGGGUCCAAUGGUAUCGUAGUACGGAGCGAAGUCGUUUGGAGAACACGGAAACAACAAGAGGAAAAUGGCGAAUCAGUGGAACGUGCAGUGUUACGGUCGAGGAGACAUCCAUGAGAAGAUUGUGAAGGAGCUGGACAUCGCCCAACGUGAGGGGCAAGGAAUUCCCUGCCUUCUGUUUGUUUAUGAAGUGUCUUGUCAAGAUGAGGAUCUUCGAAAUGCCCUCCAGUGGGUCACAGAGAAACAAGGGGUGAAAAGAGAAGACAUCAGAGUUGUGAUCCUGCUGGAAAAGUGUUGGGAUAAAGUGUAUAAUCCGGAGGAAGUUGCUCACCAGGGAAUGUUUGAUGCCAACACUGUUGUUGUACAAAUUCUUUGGAAGUCGAGGUGGAAUUCACCUGCUAAAGUUCAGGAGAGUCCCAGCAACAAGGAGGCGAAGGACAAAUUGAAAAGGAUCAUCAACAAGUGUCACAUGCAGUGUUACGGUCGAGGAGACGUCCAUGAGAAGAUUGUGGAGGAACUGCACAUUUCCCCAUGUGAAGGGCCAGGAGUUCCCUGUCUUCUGUUUGUUUAUGAAGUGUCUUGUCAAGAUGAGGAUCUUCGAAAUGCCCUCCAGUGGGUCACAGAGAAACAAGGGGUGAAAAGAGAAGACAUCAGUGUUGUGAUCCUGCUGGAAAAGUGUUGGAAUAAAGUGUAUAAUCUGAAGGAAGUUGCUCACCAGGGAAUGUUUGAUGCCAACACUGUUGUUGUGCGAAUUCUCUGGGAGCAGCUGCAGUGGAAUUCACCUGUUAAGAUUCAGGAGAGUCCCAGCAACAAGGAGGCGAUGGACAAAGUGAAAAGGAGCAUCAACAAGUGUCAGGUGCAGUGUUACGGUCGAGGAGACGUCCAUGAGAAGAUUGUGGAGGAACUGCACAUUUCCCCAUGUGAAGGGCCAGGAGUUCCCUGUCUUCUGUUUGUUUAUGAAGUGUCUUGUCAAGAUGAGGAUCUUCGAAAUGCCCUCCAGUGGGUCACAGAGAAACAAGGGGUGAAAAGAGAAGACAUCAGUGUUGUGAUCCUGCUGGAAAAGUGUUUGGAUAAAGUGUAUAAACCAGUGGAAGUUGCUCAUCAGGGAAUGUUUGAUGCCAACACUGUCGUUUUGCGAAUUCUCUGGGAGCAGCAGUGGUGGAAUUCACCUGUUAAGAUUCUGGACAGUCCCAGCAACAAGGAGGUGAUGGACAAAGUGAAAAGAUGCAUCAGCAAGAGUCAGGUUUAAGAAGUUGUCAGAAUCUACUGGGAUAGAAAUGUGUUCCAUGUUUGUGGUUUCGAAUCAAUGGAGUGGUCAGAUCAAGACAAAAUGCAUUCAUGCCCUGUACACUCUGAAUAAUAUGGUCAGAAACAUCGACAAGUUUCUCACAGUGAAGAUGUAACGGUCAAACAUGAGCUUGUAUUGAAAUUCUAUUUCCCCACACGCAGUCUGAUGUCUCCUCAGGAACUGAUGUGUGCAAAAUGUCAUAUUCAUACUUGUUGCCUCAAUAAACAGUCAUUUCCAGGU